GUAUAUUUUAUCGAUUGGACAAUACCAUGUAUAUCCUGUACUGUUUUUUCUUGAUUGUCUUUACUUUCUUAUCAACGCUCUUCCAAAUUUCCCUAGCCGAUGACAUCGGAACAGGAGUAGGAUACGUUCUGAACGCCAAAGAUACAUCAGGCUUCAAACACCUCCGUUUAAAUGGUCAGACCGAAUAUUGGUACGACAAUUUUUGCGGUCAGACGUUUGCAGCAGAAAAAACCGGAGAUGACAAACCGUCGUGGAUAUUUGCCAACAACACAUGCACCAAUGGCACCUCCAGUAACGAUCAGAACAUGCACUCCGCUCGAUUACAUUAUGGCUGUGUAUGCAGCUUCCAUACAACAGACAAAUGUCAGGAUGAAAUGGGCCAGACAUCUGUCGUGAUCGCUCACAUUCAAAAUGAUACGGUGAUGACAAGCAACGAUUUUCAACACGACUGGAACAUAAGAUGGUAUCGAUGUGCGCGCUUCUUGCAACCCGGUUCGCCUCCAUCGUCAAGCGCUGCUAUGCCGACAAGUACAAGUGCUUCAGCAAGUACGAGUGCUCCGGCAAGUACCAGUACCUCAGCAAGCGCGUCACACACAUAAACGUAGACGGGUUCGGCAUAUUGCAUAAGUGCUGUCAACCACUGUCUACCCCCGAUUCGACACUGACACAUGGGACCACUGCGUCGAAUCACAUCGCCAAUCGGCUCCUUUUGACAUUCGCUGAACUGUCCGGGGUUCC